AUGUCAGACUUGGAGGAUAUCGACCCUUUUUCAAAUUCUCUUCAUUUUUCAGACACUCUUCCUUAUACUAUAAAUGAUGAUUCUGAUGAUAGUUUUGAAAAAGAGGAAGAACAACAGCUUAUGUCAAUAAACCUAAACUAUCAGCCGGAGAUUAAAACACAAUUUUGCUGUCAAAUUGACAGGGACAUUCGCCAAGGCGACUUUACCAUUCAAAUUACUAGUGCACAAAAGACAACUGAUAAUAAUGGGAGUACUUUUAUCACAUAUACUAUAAAAGCUGUGGAGACGUUACUCGGAAUUCGAAUCAUUGAGGAAAUCAUUAAUGCGUUUGUACCCCACCUUAAUCCAUCACCAGCAAAUCUUUCAUCACCAUCUAAUGUUUCCCCUGUAAAUUCGGCUGCCCCUCCAGCACUCCUCACUCCAAGUGCAUCACAACUAUUGAAGAAUCCUGAUCCCAAGUUUAUUGAAUCCGAAGCUUUUACAAAAAAAUUUUUACAUCACAUUAGUCAAAAUAUGGAAAAGACGAAUAAAAGGAUUUGGAAACGUUUGGGUGAUUUUUCCAAUGAUUAUGCUGAAUUAGGGGCCAUUUACAACGGUUUUAGUUUAAAUGAAAAUGGUGACUUAGCGAAUGCCAUUGAAAAAGUAGGGCAAGCUGUGGAUUCUACUUAUGUGGCUACGGGAAAACUGACUGCAGCACUUGAAGCCGAAUUCACCGAAACAUUACAAGAGUAUUCCCAAUUCGCGUCAGUGAUCAAACAAGUUUUAAAUUAUAGACACAUGAAACAUUUGCAAAUGGAACUUAUUGCUGACACACUUGAAAGACAAAAAGUUUCACUAGAUGGAUUAGAAAAAUCUGAAAUUGAAGCUAAAAGAAUAGAAGAGGUUUUGAGUAAUGAACGUGCUAAUCCAGCCUCGAUAUUUCAAACGAAUGAAGAUAAUUAUAACUCCGAAAAUGGUCAUUAUGAAGAACUAUUCCAAAAUGGUGAUGUUUCAUCACCUACUGGUAGUGGACACCAUAAAAAACUCAGCGGUUCGAAGAUCUUUUCCGUAUUAAGUCAUACUAUUCAUGGUAUAAUGGAUGUAGAUCCGGAAGCUGCUCGUAGAAAUAGCAUUGGCAAAACUCGCGAAUCAAUCAUUCAGUUAGAAGAAGCUUUGGAAACUACGACUGAAGACCUAAAGAAAAUAUCUGUAUCUAUUCAAGAUGACCUUGACCGCUUUCAGCGACAAAAGGUUGUAGAUUUGAGAAACAUGUUGAUCUCCUAUGCUAAAAAUCAUGUUAAGUGGUGUAAAGAG